UUGUCACUUUCAUAGUAAUGAAUAUCAACAAGCAUUGAAAGACUUUCAAAGGAUUAUGGAAGAUGAAUCCCCACACCCUUCUAGCUGUGUACGAGCCCUUUGUGGAAGAGGUUUAGUUCGUAUGAUUAAUGACAGCCCAUAUCUCACUGCCUUGGACUAUAUUACAGCCUGUAAUUUAAAACUAGAUGAAACUGUCCUUACAAUUAAAUCUUAUGUGCCAUGGAACCAAAGAGGAUUGCUUUAUAAAGUGCUACAAGAAGAAGGAGAGAAAAUUAUACAAAAGAAGCCAUCACAUUCGAAUGACAAUGGGUUGUCACAAAAAAAGAAGUCAAGUGAUCAAGAUGGUGUCACAUUUAAAGAAAGUGAUGUUUCAGGUGUGCACCAGCUGGCUAUGCUCCUGAUGAUUCUUGACCCUUCAGAUGAUGCAUCACGAAUACUUUGUACAGAUGCUCUCUAUCAGAUGGGUCGAAUAGAAGAAGCUCAUAAAAUGCUUUCCCUGGCUCUUCACAGCAGUUCUCAGCGGUCUCCUGUUCUUGCUAGACUUGCUUUACUGCAGUUCAAGAAAGGAUUCAUUUACGACGGCAACCAGCUUGUAAAAAAAGUUAUACAGAUAGGUGAUACUGCCUGUCUUAUUCCCAUCAUGGAUGUUUUUAAGGAAGAAGACCGCAAAUUGAUGCAAAAUCAUUGUCAUUCAAAGGCUAUGGCUAUUUUACAAAGUAAGGAAGGGAACACCUAUAUCAAGGAAGCGAUAGCACAUCUGUCCCUUGCUAUUAUUGCAUCAGGUGGCCAUGCCAAAGAAUCGCUGCUUGCCCGAGCCAGAUGUUAUGGGCAGCUGGGCUUGAAAAAAACUGCUAUUUUUGAUUUUAAUGCCGUCCUAAAGGAUGAACCUAACAAUACAGAGGCCCUUUGUGGAAAAGGAUUUAUCUACAUGACUCUUAAUCAUCAGAAGGAAGCAGUGCAUGAUAUAAUCCUGGCUAUCAAAGCAGAUUCAAGUGAUGUUAUCCAGGAAAUCCAAACUUUGAAUCCAGAAGCUCAACUCUUGACAAGUGAUUGGCUAUAUGACCACUGCAGAACAUUACUAACAACGCAACUGAAUGAAUAUAAGAAUCUUCCGGCAGAUCCAGUAUUUAAUGACCUGGAAGUGAUUGGAAAAACUCUUAUUGAAAUAGAUAAUAAGAAAUCAGAUUUCCAUAUUUUGUAUACAGACAUACUAAUUGUAAAAGAGAGGUAUGAAGAGGCAUUUACACAUUUGAAGAAAACCUUCAAUAACUGCGCUAUUAAUGAAGCGGCUAAAGCAAGAUACGGCGUCCUCCAUGUCAAGUGUCGGAACGUUCUAGCAGCAGCUCAGGAGCUUUGUGUGUUAGCUGUAAAAAACCCAAGUGAAGUGGAAAUUCUGGUGAAGUUGUUGGAUAAAAGGCAACGACAAAGUCUAUCUCAGGUUGCAGCGCAAGAAGGAAAUUCUUUGACUCAAGAUAACCAGCACGAAAAAGCUCUGAAUUAUUUUUCAUUGGCUGUUAUAACAAGUAACAAUAACCCAAAAUAUUUACGCCAUCGGGCAUUAUGUCUUUCUCAUCUUAAGGAUUACACAAAUGCUAUAAAAGACAUGGAUAAAGCAAUACAAAGACAUGGUUCAAACGACCUAAAGACACAAAUUGAAGAUCACUGUUUCAAGGGACAUCUCUUAUUAUCAGUGAGCGAAGACGAUGCCGCGGUACAACAGUAUCUGAAAGCCUUGAAUCUAGACCAGACAUUGGCCUUAGAAUGCAUUCACUUAAGACCUGGCAAAGCUGAGCUGACCCAAAUCUUUAGUCGUAUUGGCCACAAUUAUUUUGAGAAACAGUUGUAUGAAGAGUCUUGGAAAGUGACAACUGGUGGUCUACUUAUCGAUGAAAAAAAUCAUGAACUUAAGAGGCUAAAAGUGCGAAUUAAAAGAGAAGCAUCUGGCUGUAGCGUUCACUAA